AGUUUGGUGAGUUUGGAUGCAUGAAAAUCCCUUGAUUCAUGUAAAAACAGUCUCUUACGCUUUCUGCUCCUGGAAAAAUAUCCACCAAACUAAGAAUUCCAUCAGUAGUAUAUUUAGUGAUAAAACUUAUGAUUGGAUCUUAACUUCAAAACAAUUUCAGACCCCUAUGGAUGGACUCUAGAUUUAUAAAUCCUAAUCUAAUUUAUCUCUGUUGUUCGAUGUGUCAUGAUAAAGAUAGAUUAGGACAAUGCAUAAUUAACCCCAUGGCGUUAGGGGUUAGAUUAAUUUUAAGUCUGUGCUUGUCCACAGUCUUCUCGAAUUCGGUAAACCUUCGGAAAAAAGUUUGAAUGUUUUGUUGAGGUUUUCUCGUCAUACUUUAUUACUGACUUUUCAAGCAAUAUUACUUAGUACAAAUUUUUCUCACAGAUCAUAUACUCGUAGCGAUGCCGAUUGCUCCAAAUACAUAUCGGGGUGUUUCCCAACCAUCAUGUUUAGCCAAAGUAAAGUUUGGAUUUUUGAUGGGGUUCUGUGUUGGUGUAGCAACUGGUGCUAUAUUCGGCGGAUUCAAUUGUUUAAGAUACGGUUUACGUGGACGUGAAUUAAUUCAAACGGUUGGCAAAGGCAUGUUUCAAGGUGGAGGUACAUUUGGCAUGUUUAUGGCCAUAGGAACUGCCAUCCGUUGUUAA